UGAAGCUAUUGGAAAGUAAAAUACACACCACACUUCAAAAUCGUAGGGCACUGGGUAGGCUUUUAGCACCCGAUGUGGUUGUGUAUUUGGAGUUUCUCAUCGCCACUUCCAAGUUACCGUGGGAAAGUCACAAACUACAGUAUCCUAACUGUAGGAUAUAUCGUAGUAGGAUUUAUUUAACAACAGUUGAAGCCUGUUGCCUCCCGCUGUUGGACAAAACGGCAUUUUCAUUGCAUUUUCAUUCGCUCUAGCUACAGUUUCAGAGGACUUGGAAGUUUAAAUUCGUGAAUUAAAAUCGAAAGAAAACCCACCUGGCCGUCUGGUAACUGGUUCAACAAACUGCAGCAGAAGGGGAAUGUGGUUUGUUGACGAUAGCCAAUCCUUCCGUUGGCUGUUCUCCAUUUGAAAAACAGUGAGAUGAUUUUAAUGACGUGGUCCAUCAUCCUUCGAGGGGAGACCAACUGCAAAACCAUCAACGUCUGAUCAACUCUUGUGACUCCUCUUGUGACUCCUGGUGUCCAGUGGAGAGGAGGCUCCUCAAACCCCCAGAUAUUGAGUGAAGCGAGAGGACUUAAAAGGAGGCACAACAAAAUGGAUGCCGUAGACACCAUCCAGAACUCUGCCUUGGAGACCAAGGCUGAGCGCAUCGCCCGCUACAAAGCCGAGAGGAGGAGAGAGCUGGCGGAGCGUUACGGAAACACUGAGGAAGUCGGCUCUAAAUACACCAGGAGGGAAAGGAAAGCUGGUGAGACUUCUGAGAAAGAGAAGACGGAGGACAGAAGCUCCAAGUCCGAGCAGACGUUAUCUAGCCGGGCCUCCAGGAGUAGGAUGGAAGACCGCGAAGAGUCUGUUGACAGCGAGUCCUCCCAGGAGACCGGGGGGGAUGAGGAGGCCCAACUGGAUACAGCUGCCCCCUCAAAGCCUGCUGCCACCAAGAGGCUUAACUCUAAUCACAGCAUGGACACGCUGCAUGUCGUGGCCCCUCCCCUUCACCCGCCAGUCAAGCCAGGGGCGGGGUCAACCGCGCGUCGCCGACCCCUCCGGUUGCUAAGGGGGGUGUCUGAAGGAAGCUGCAUGGCUAGCGGUCGUUUUCGGACGCAGCCGGUGACCGCCAGCGACGUCACAGCGAGUCAAUGCCUUUUGGAAGCUGGGGACGCCGAGGAGCCAGAAGUAACUGACAGGAAGACUGACGGAGCCAAAAUGAACAUGGCUGCUGACAUGUCUUUGAUUAAGGGGCUGGAGAAGACUGAAGAGUCGUCUCCCCUGACAACAGAGGGGAGUGGUCGCCAUGCCAACAACAACAGCCGGGCGCACACCCAGCCAAUCACAAGCAAGGAGAUUGUGGCGGCAGGCAGCCCUCCCAAGGAGGAAGAAUCUAAAGGCUCAGAGAUGCAGGAGGCUACAGACAAGCGCAGGUCGAAAGGGGAGCGCUCCCACACACAACCGGUCACUGAGUUUGAGGUGAAGAGGCUCUCGUCCUCCAUUUCCCCCCUACCCCUCUCCGACCAAACACCAUACCCCGGAAGCAAGGACGAAGAGGACAAGUCCCCUAUACCCUCCCAGCCUGUCUUGCUGCAGCGCCAAGACUCGGGCACCCGCAGUGGCAUCAAGGGCAUCCUCAAAAAGAGUCGUUCCACUAGUGUCGAGUCGGACUACAGUGAGGGAGGAACCCCUGAAAGCACCCCCACCACCGGGGUGGUCCGACAAACCAGCGUAACCCUGAGCCACCCCGAGAGCGACGAGGAAGAUGAGGAGAAAACAGAGGAGGUGGAGGAAGAGGAGGAUGAGGAAGAUGAGACGAUAGUGGACGAUAGCCCCGACGGAGGGCGUUUCAGUACCCCCCGGAUGCAGAGGGGCAGUGGGCGUGGUGGUAGCAGUAGUUCAGCGGAGGACCUCCAGAGCCGGACCCCCUCUCCAGACGAGAGCCUGGGGGAGGAAGAGAUGGAGAAGAUGUCUUCGUUGGACACGGAAGAUGGAGAGGAUCAGGAUGUGGAUAGCAGUCUGGACAGCAGUGUGGGGUCAUCCCUGAAAGAGAGGCUAGCUGAAUUGAGCAGUGGUGAGGAGGAGUGGAAGGCCAAGCUGAAGAAGCCCAAGGAUCUGGUGCAGAAGUCCCUGGCUGACCGUUUCAACCAGCUCCAGGACUCUGGAGAUGCCUGGAAGAAGAAGAAGUCCAGUGCGGACGUGGAGACCAAGAUGUCCCUGGCGGACAGGAUGAAGAUCCUACAGGAGAAGGAGGAGGCAUGGAAGAGCAGGGGGCGGGGCGCCGCCAACGAUUCCACCCAGUUCACCGUGGCCGGGCGCAUGGCUAAGAGAGGUCUUGUGUCCGAGACUGGUAAAGAGGAGUCUCCCAUUUCCCACAUUAAGAAGUCCAGCGCCACGCCAGUCAAGCCACAUGAAGAAAUCUCCACUCCGACUGGUGUCAAGGUGGAAGGGGACAAGAGGCUGGACAAGCUAGAGUCCUUCCUGGACAAGCUCCACAGUAAAGGGCUGGGGCACAGCCGGACUUCCACCAUCGAGGUGACUGCCGAGACAGAGAAGGAGGUCAUGACCCUGGAUGAUGAGAUGUUUGGCCGCUUUUACAAGCCUGUGUCGCCCACCGCCCGAGGCGCUGUCGUUACUGCACUGACCGAGGAGGAAUUCAGCGACCUUCAAGCCGACACGCCAAAGUUGACAUCGGCAGUGACGGAGCACAAGCGUGCUGUGCGUCCUACUCGGAAUAACCAGGGCUCACGCAACCCCCUCCGUGCCCUGGCGGCCCGCAACGACAUCCGCCAGGUCUACACGGAACAGAGACUCAAUAUAGCUACCGUGGAAACCAAGAGGAUCCAAGUGGAGAGGAUGGCCAAGCAUUCCAACCUGGCGGACGCAGCUCUGGCCGGCCUGGCUAGCAAGGAGAACUUCCGCAAGGUCAACCUGCGCAGCACCAAGUCCACUGAGGUGGUGACCAACAACAGCACGCUGCCCUUCAACAAGCUCAUGCUCAUCCGCAUCAAAGGUCGGAGGCAUGUGCAGGUGCGUCUGGUGGAGCCCGCUGCCCAUUCCCUGAACAGCGGCGACUGCUUCCUGCUCAUCACCCCCAAACACUGCUUCAUGUGGAGCGGAGAGUUCGCCAACGUCAUCGAGAAAGCCAAGGCUUCAGAGAUGGCAUCGUUCGUGCAGGCUAAGAGGGACCUUGGUUGUAAGGCCUCCCAGGUGACUGUGCUGGAGGAGGGCAUCAACACUGACAACAAAUGGGCUAAGGAGUUCUGGGACCUACUGGGGGGCAAGACCGACUACAGAGGUGCAGGGGAGCCGGAGGAGGAUGAGCUGUAUGAAAGUGGUGUGUUAGACUCUAAUGGGGUCUACGGGCUGCAGGAGGGCAAACUGGUGCCCCACAAAGAGGCCUGGGCCUCCAUCCCCAGUGUCACCCUGCUCAACUCUAAAGAGGUGUUAGUGUUUGACUUUGGCAGUGAGGUGUACGUUUGGACGGGGAAGGACGUCCCCCUUGGUGACAGAAAGGUGGCUGUCCAAUUAGGGAGGCAGCUGUGGAGCGGUUCUUACGACUACAGCAGCUGCAGGGUCAACCCCCUGGACGCCUGUUCCACCAAUACUGAUGUCCCUGAGCAGGGUGAGGGACGUCCCAGCUGGGCUCUGUUCGGCCGUCUGUCGGAGCACAACGAGACGGCUCUGUUCAGAGAGAAGUUCCUGGACUGGGCCGAGAGGAAAGAGGAGUCUGCCAUGGAUGAGGCCAAGAGCCCUGUGCACUCUACCCUCCGCUCGCCCCUUGAGGCGGCCAAGCCCGACGUCUUAAAACCGUGUGACGCCAAGGCCCUGCUGGACAGUGUGGGUGGCCCCGUACGUAGCCUCCUGGAGGGCGUAGACGUUCAGCGUGGCUACGGGAUGGUUCGAACGGAGGACGGACGCCAGGCGGAGCUCGCCACAGUGGCAGUGGACGCCUGGCAUAUCCGGGAGUUUGAGGAGGAGGAGCUGGUGGCGGCGAGCUUGGGCCAGCUGCACGAAGGAGACACCUACGUGAUCCGCUGGAAGUACUCGGUCACCACUGUGGUGGGUAAGAGGCAGAAGCCGGGGGAGCUGAGUAGUGGGGGUGCCGGUCGGGAGCGCAGCGCCUGUUUCUUCUGGCAGGGCCGUCACUCCAGCGUCAGUGGCAAGGGCACCUCCGCACUGAUGACCGUCGAGCUGGGGAACCACAGGGGGGCACAGGUGUUGGUGGCACAGGGCAAGGAGCCUCCAUGUUUCCUGCAGCUCUUCCAGGGAGGCCUGGUCAUCCAAAAGGGUAGCAGAGAAGAUGAUGGCGUCAACAACACAGGCGGCUGGCAUCUGUACUGCGUGCGCGGUGAAGCCACGGUGGAGGCUUCCCUGGUGGAGGUGGAGUGUUGCUGUGCCAGCCUGCGUUCCCGUGCCACCCUGGUUCUGCUGGAUGCCCACCAGGGACAGCUCUACCUGUGGCACGGAUGUAAGUCCCACGCCAGCGCCAGGGAGGUGGGCGCCAGGGCUGUGGAAAGGCUCAAGCAGAGGCAUCCUUCUGAGCUGGGCCUGAACAGUAACAGCAGUCUGAAGGUGGAGGAGGUAGAGGAAGGCACGGAGCCAGUUGGGUUCAGGAAUGCUCUGGGACAGCAGGACAGGAAGGCAUACGACUGCAUGCUCCAAGAUCCAGGGAAAUACAACUUCACCCCGCGACUGUUCUGUCUGAGCGCCAGCUCGGGAGUAUUUGAAGGGGAGGAACUGCUGAGCCCGGCACGUGUGACUGGGGCCGUCAUGGCCAUGCCCUUCCUCCAGGAGAAUCUAUACUCUGUGCCACAGCCAGGCCUCUUCAUGCUAGAUAACCGCAUGGAGGUGUACCUCUGGCAGGGCCGGCAGCCCGACGAUGGAGAGUGUACAGGCUCAGCCAAGAUCCGCUGGGAGAACCAGAAGAAGUGUGCCAUGGAGACGGUGCUGCAGUACUGCAAAGAGAAGAACUCUCGCCGCCCCCCUCAGGCCUACCUGGUCCUAGCGGGCUCUGAACCGCUGACCUUCACCAACAUCUUCCCCUACUGGGAGAGAGAUCCCAACAUCACCACCCAGGCGGAGGGGGCACGCAACAAGGUGACCCUGGUGCAGGACGCCCUGAACUGGCUGAGUAAGAACCAAUACUCUGUGGAGGAGCUAACGGCCAAGCCUCUACCAGAAGGAGUGGACCCCCUCCGCCUGGAGAUCUACCUUUCAGACCAGGACUUCCAGAGGGUCUUGGAGAUGACUCGCACCGAAUUCAACGCCCUGCCAAACUGGAAACAGAAGAACCUGAAGAAAAGCAAGGGCCUUUUUUAAAAAGUUUUCCUUUUUUGUUGUUGUAAACAAGAGGACAUUUUAAAGUCCAUAUGGCACCUUUUUCAUACUGUUUUGUAUUCUGGGGGAAAUCAUGUUGUUUUUUUCAUGUAAACCGAAAGAACAAAACACAUGUACAGACUUGUAUCUGUUUUAAAACGAUAACCUCUUUUUAAAAAUGCCAAUUUUAUAGACCUUUCCUACAAAGCAAUAUAUUGUAGCCAAAUAUAUACAGUAUAUGCAAGUGUUACCUUUUGGCAGCGAGGUUAUUGUUAAUUAUAGUGAACUAUAUAUGCCCCUGAAUUAUAAAUAUGUAUUAUAAAUGUCUGUUCUUACAUGUGUACUCUAGCAUUGUCAAUUCUGUCAAGAGUGGGAGAUUGUCUUUGUGUCUGUUGUGUUGAAUGGCUGUGAUCAACAAAAACACUCGAGGGUCAUUCAUACACUUAACCAUCACCUAAAAGUUGCCGCCAGUUUUUAGAGAAGAAAUACUCAUUAGCCAUUCUAAGUUAGAGGCAAUCUGCAGUUGCCACAUACAUAAUGUUUUUAUAUAUACCCAUUGAUUCAUUAAGACUAUCAUUUACGAAUGCCUCAUUAGCUUUGUUCAACUGUCAUACCCCAUUACAACCCAAAAUAUAAGCUUGUUUUACCUAAUGUUUGUAAACAACAUAAUUGUCAACAAACACUUUAUCGCCUCAAACCAUGUUUUAAACUAGAAUUUUGAUAUCAUGGUCCAUAGCUUUGUCUAUGAAUUUGAGAGUGGUUACAUUUCUUCAGCCCCAUCCCUCAGCUUUUUACCAAAACACUAGUGGGGUGCAUCUUUGUUAAAUGUUCAAUCUGCAGUUGAAACAAUAAGUAUCUUUGUGGUGGUUUCUCCAACAGAUCAAGCCUAAUCCUGGACUAUAAAGUAUUUAAUGGAGAUUCUCCAUUGAGAUAGAUUUUUAGUCCAGGACAAGGCUUAAUCUUGAGCUUUCAGGUCUCUCUUGCAAAAGUGAUUUUAUCUCAUUGAGACUAACCCGUAUUCGAGGGGUGGCAGGGUAGCCUAAUGCGUUGGACUAGUAACCGGAAGGUUGCAAGUUCAAAUCCCCGAGCUGACAAGGUACAAAUCUGUCAUUCUGCCCCUGAACAGGCAGUUAACCCACUGUUCCUAGGCUGUCAUUGAAAAUAAGAAUUUGUUAGUUAAAUAAAGGUCAAAUUAAAAAUAAUUAAAGAUUAAAUUAAAAAUUGGUUAAUAAUAAACAGGUGCUAGAUUUUUUGUGUGGUUUUAAGUGUUAUGAAUACAGUUACACCCUAAGAGCUGGUUUCCUGGACAGUUCUGUACUAAAAACCUCUUUUCAAUUGAGAAUCUCAAAUUAUUUUUGGUCCAGCACAACGGUUAAUCUCUGUCUGGGAAACUGGACCCAAAUCUUUGGAGCGACUGCUUCUCUAGGACCAAACCUCUGACUGUAUUGUACCUCUUCACUAUGAAUUUCUUGGAGUGUGUGGUGGAUGGGUAAGAGUUACAGUGCCAAGUGAAAGCCUACACACCCUUGCACAGUUUUCACAUUUUGCGCCCUGAAACUGAAAUCCCCCCAAAAUAUUCAAUAAGUAUUUUUUUCUCACUGUUCUACACAACAUACUCCCCCAUUUUCCAAGAGAAAUUUCAUUCGAAUGUUUCAUUUUUUUCCAUUUUUAUUCACACCCCAUGAUGUGGCACAUCUAAAUACGUUUAUUUGGAAAUGAUCUUCAUACAAAAUCACACAUUGUGGAAUGAGGUCCAUGCAAAAGUUGUGGUUUUCCUGAUUUAAGAACAACUUUCCCUGUCUCUGUAAGGUCCCUCAAUUGGAUAAUGAAUGUCAAACAGUGAUUCAACCUCCGAGCCACACCCAAUGAGCUUUUAAAAGCAUGUCUGGGAUACAUUUUUGGACAGGCAUAGAUCAGGGGAGGUUUAGAAAUAAUUCUAAGCCACUGAAUAUACCAUUGAGUGUUGUCAGGAUCUCGUCACGGUAUCUCUGUGCAUUCUAAUUGCCAUAGAUGAUAAAAUGCAAUCGUGUUCAUUGUCAGUAGCUUACAGUAUGCCUGCCCAUACCAUAGCCCCACCAUGGGGCGCUCUGUUCACAACGUUGAAGUCAACAAACUGCUCACCCACACAACGCUGUCUGCCAUCUGCCCGGUACAGUUGAAACCGGGAUUCAUCAGUGAAGACUGAUGCAUUGCUGUGGCCAUUGAAGCUGAGCAUUUGACCACUGAAGUCUGUUAUGAUGCCAAACUGCAGUCAGACAAGUCCCUGUUGAAGGCCACGAGCACCCAGAUGAGCUUCCCUGAGACGGUUUCUGACAGUUUGUGCAGACAUUUUUCGGUUGUGCAAACCCACGGUUGUAUCAGCUGUCCAGGUGGCUGGUCUCAGACGAUCCCGCAGGUGAAGAAGCCGGAUGUGGAAGUCCUAGGCUGGCAUGGUUAUACAUGGUCUGCGGUUGUGAGGCUUGGUUGGAAGUACUGCCAAAUUCUCUAAAACAAUGUUACAGAUGGCUUAUGGUAGAGAAAUUAACAUAAAAGUAUCUGGCAACAGCUCUGGUGGACAUUUCUGCAGAUACGAUGCCAACUGUAUGCUCCCUCAAAUUGACACAUCUGUGGCAUUGUGUUGUGACAAAACUGCACAUUUUAGUGGCCUUUUGUUGUCCCCCGCACAAGGUGCACCUGUGUAAUGAUCAUGCUCUUUAGUCAGCUUCUUGAUAUGCCACAACUGUCAGGUGGAUGGAUUAUCUUGACAAAGGAGAUGCUCACUAACAGGAAUGUAAACAAAUGUGUGUGCAGAAUUUGAGAGAAAUAAGCUUUUUGUGCUAAUGGAAAAUUUCUGGGAUCUUUUAUUUCAGCUCAUGAUACUAACACUUUACAUGUUCCAUUGAUAGUUUUGUUCAGUAAACUUCUGGUGUUCCAAAACGCAAUGAUGCUGCUGGUCUGAUCGAGGCUAGGUUUUUAGCAUCCUCAUGAUGGGUAUAGGGCAGAUUUGAAUAUCAUGUAGCCUAAAACUUUCGAUGUUACAUUAAGCUGGGUGAAUGGAAUAUGAAUAACAGUCAUCCAAUAUGCUGUAAUAGAAAUGAGGCCAUGCUCAUAAAACAUUUAUUUUAAUAAUUGUCCUCCCUAAUCAAAAUUGCACCUACCGCCACUGACCCAGACACUGCAACAUUCUGGCUGUCAAUCCUAACUGAGAUGUGAGAGAGAAUGGAAACUGCUCAGGGACAUCACUAUGGGGUUUAAGAUUGUUUUAAAAUGGCUGCAGAAUUCAAUGGCUGAGCUGAGAGAACAGUGCAUGGAUCAACAACAUUACAUUCACUCCACAUUACUGGCAUGUAUGAUGAAGUGAAAAGAAGGAACCCUGUGUUUAAAAAAUCGAGGCUGUUAAAGCUUGAAUCUGCAUUACAGUAGGUGAAACAGUGCCACUGGUCGCCCCAGGCUCCAUUUAUCGUUUUUGUUUUGUUUAUGAACCGAGGAGAGGAGUAUACAGCAUCUUGGUAAAAAAACAAAUUGCAGUACAUACUCUUCUAUCGCAGGUGCAAUGAUGUGCAAUUGUGUUCUUGGUUUGAAGUAACUUUUGUCGUUGUAAUAUUGUAAACCUACGUGGCAGUUUCAUAGCUAUGGAUUCCAGCUUUAAGUAAUACUGCAGUACAAUGUGGCAAAGAUUCAUUGUUAUGCUUCAGUUAAAACCUUAAGGUAUGGGUCCAAUUCAACACAUCACAGAGUGAAAUUCUCUAUUUUCAAGUAUUGGGGUGGCCGCAUCAUGUUAUGGGUAUGCUUGUCACUAGCAGAGACGAGGGAAUUUGUCAAUAUCAAGAUCAAUAUGAAAGGAGCGAAGCCCAGGUAAAAAGUAAGAGGAAAACCUGCCUCAGUCUUCUGAAUACCUCAUCUGUGUGUGUGUGCGCAUUUAUACUGUAUGCGUGUCAGUGGUGCACCAACACUGUUGACCUCUCCGCUGAGUGGUCCAGUCUCAGUCCUGACUUAAAUCUGCUUGACUGUCACAAGGUUUGAAUAUUGAGCUUGAGCAAUUUAGAUGACAAACCUGCCUUCAGAAAUGAUUCUCACCCUGGACUUUUUUUAUUGUCCUUUUUGGUCAAAGAUCCACACAAUACUAGUCAAAGUGGAAGAAAAAUUCAACGAUUUGUUAACAAUGAAUUAAAAAUAAUGAAUUAUCAACCCCCUGAGUUAAUAUGUUAGAAUCACCUUUGGCAGCAAUUACAGCUGUAAGUCUCUAAGAGCUUUGCAUACCUGGAUUGUACAAUAUUUUCCCAUUCUAUUUAAAAUUCUUCAAGCUCUGUCAAGUUGUUUAAUUUUUUUAACCUUUAUUUAACUACAACAAAUUCUUAUUUUCAAUGACUGCCUAGUGGGUUAACUGCCUAUUCAGGGGCAGAAUGACAGAUUUGUACCUUGUCAGCUCGGGGAUUUGAACUUGCAACCUUUCGGUUACUAGUCCAACGCUCUAACCACUAGGCUACCCUGCUGUUUGAUCAUUGCUAGACAGCCAUUUUCAAGGCUUGCCAAGCCACUCGGGAAUAUUCAAUAUCGCCUUGGUAAGUAACUCCAUCUUUGCGAGGCAUUGGAAAACCCCCCUUGCCUUUGGUUGAAUCUGUAUUUUGAAAUUCACUUCUCAACUGAGGGACCUUACAUUUAUCUUGUAUGCGUUUGUGGUACAGAGAUGUUGUAGUCAUUAAAAAAAAAUCACGUUAACCACUAUUAUUGCACGCAGAGUGAGUCCAUGCAAUUUAUGUGACUUGUUAAGCACAUUUUUACUCCUGUAUUUAUUUAAGCUUGCCUUAACAACGGGGUUGACUCAAUACAUUUAAACUUUACAAAUUAAUCUUUUAAAUUAAGAAAAAAAAUCUCAAAACAAAAUUCCACUUUGACCUUAUGGGCUAUUAUUGUGUGUAGAUCAGUUAAACAAAAUCUCAAAUUCAGGCUGUAACACAACAAAAUGGUGAAAAAGUCCAGAGUUGUGACCUUUCUGAAGGCACUGCAUGUUGACCUAAGAGUUGUGCAAAGUUGGUAGAACAUUAUUAAAAAUGAUGCACAGCUGUAAUUGCUGCCGUAGGUGCUUCCGCCAUGACUAAACUCUGAGGUGUGAAGACAAACACAAUCAAGACAUCUUUGUUUUUAUGAAUGAGCAUUUUCUGUCAUUUUUCUUUCACUUGGAAAACGUGGAGUAUGUUGUGUAGAUCAGUAGUGUUGGGCAUAAUCCCAACCCAGUAGAUAAUGGGCAUAAUGCCAACCCAGAGAUGGCACUAGUGGGGCACCUAUCUGGGAUAUAUAUAAACUGGUGCAUUAUGAGUGUCUGAUUAAGAUGUUGUGGCCUGUAACAUGUUUAUACCCGAGUAAAGGAUUAUGUUUGAACUUCA